UAGGCUGCCAUGUAUUGAGGAACCCUAUAUAUGCCGUGGAGAAGGAACAACUUCUGAGACGCGAGGUUUUACGAAAUAUCACGAAACUCAAUGUUAAAGCGUCUCCUCCAUCGGCCGAACCACGAAACACAAAGACAUACAAGCGACUGCAGCAUAAGUCACGAGCUUCAUUUGCCAGCUAUCAUACCGUCAGAACUCUGCUCAGCUCUAGAAACCUGCCACACAAAACAAUGAUAUCCUCACACUCCGUCCUCGGCAUUGCCUGUAUGAGCAUUACCCGCCAAGGGACAACCGGCGCUACUGAGAUCGACAGCAACGUCCUCUCCCGCCCCAACGCUAAUACGACGGCGUUGCCCACGGAGCUGCAGGCCCUGCAAGCCCUCGCUGCCAGACUGCGCCAGCUCGCCACCGCCGCGACAGAUCUUCGUGGUACACUCAACAGAAAUGCUUCAUCAACGCCGUCCGCGUCAUCGCAUAAUGCUUGUGACGCCCUGGCCACAGCUCUCCCCAGCUGUGAUGCCGCUGUUGCCACACUUGUCAAGCAACUCAUGCGCUGUGAUUACGACACAUCACUGCAACAGAUUAGCCUUGCAGCGGCACUCACGUACGAUCACUUUGCGAGUGCGGCGGCGAGCUUCUUUGACCUUAUGGCGGCAAUGAUGACGGGCUCACAACAACAGGCGAACCCGACCCUUGUUGCUAGAGAUGUCGACACCCUGUUGGCGAGAGUGUCUAGAGCCUGCGCAGACGUGACCAUCUCUGGCGGCAUCCUUCUUGACGGCGGCCUCGGUAAUGCUACACAGCCUCUGACCUUCCGCCUGACAGCUCCAUCAUUGUCUUUACUCGACACUGACAACGACGUCACCGAAACUACGCCUCCACGGUACGAGGUCCAGGCGCCCUCGGAUGCACGGGGCCAGCCGCCGCCGUUUGAGGCCUUGCCAGAUUCGACAGAAUCGAUGGUUGAAGACGGGGAUGAUAAGAGAGGCAGGGCAGAAUCGGACGUUCCGGCCUACGCCUCACCGGCUCCGGCAUAUCACAGCGCCGAGGGGAUUGCAAGUAAGGGAAACAAAUGUGUGCCGUCCACGCCGCCGCCUCCGCCGCACAGAAACAGGAGCCUGCUCAGCAGCCUCGCAGAGCCGUUACGGUCCGUGGCCAACGUGCUGCGCCCCAAGCCGGAGCCCCUCGUCGUCGCGCUCUGCGAGGCCGCGAGUCGUGGCGAGGUGGCGCAAAUGCGCAGCCUGGUGGCACAGGGCGGUAUCAACGUGAACGGGCGCAACGAGCAGGGCCGGACGGCACUCAUCUGUGCCGUGCUCGCGGACCAACCCGCCGCCGUGCGGUUUCUUUUGGGCAGCGAGGCCCGGGCCGACCCGUGCGUGUGCGACAGCAUCGGGCUGAGUUUUGGUAACAGCACCAACCACAGCAAGCCGCCACUGUAUCGCGCCGUCGAGAGGCUUAACAUGCCCAUGACGGAGCUGCUGCUGGCGGAUGAGGCAGCCGGCGGCGCCAGUCUCGCGGGUCAGAAGGACUCGUAUGGCCAGUCGUACUUUUCGCUUUGCGUGCUGGGCGACACACCUGCAAAGCCGUGGCUCGAGCUGCUGCUCCGGCAUGGGGCCGCCGCGACGCACAAGGAUCUUACAGGGAGGCCGCUCGUCAUGGUUGCCUUGGACAAGCGCCAGAAUAAGCACGAUGUCGAAGACGUGGUCAGCUUGCUUCUGCGGUACGGGGCGUCGCCUAGCUCGACCGACGAUGACGGCACGGCGCUUGUGCACCGCUGUGUGGAUCAGGGCCGUGGCAAGUUAGCGCUCCGGCUGGUGCUCAUGGGCGCCGAUGCCAACGGCAGGGACGUGUCGGGAUCGCCCGUGCUUCUUGCGGCCCUGAAGCGUGGCGAUAGGGCGCUCGUCGCGGCGCUACUGGAGCACGGGGCGGACCCAAAUGCGAAGGACAUAUAUGGCUCGCCGAUGAUCGCGGCUCUGAUGAAGAUGCCCUUGAUACCAGCGGAUCGGGACGCUAUGGCAAAGUUACUGCUUGCGCGCGGAGCACGCAGAGUAGAAUAACGUGGUGGAUGAGACAUAGAAAGAAGCGAGUCGUGACCAAUAGAAUUCCCGAG